AUGUCUAAUCCUCAGAAUGAUCCGCUUUCGCAAGCUGAGACAACUUGUGGAUCGCUUCUGUAUGAACUUCAGAUAAUAUGGGAUGAAGUUGGGGAGGCUGAGCCUGAUAGAGACAGAAUGCUGUUUGAGCUUGAACAAGAGUGUCUUGAAGUUUAUAGAAGGAAAGUAGAUCAGGCGAAUCGGUCUAGAGCUCAACUAAGGCAAGCAAUUGCUGAUUGUGAGGCUGAACUUGCAGCCAUCUGUUCAGCAAUGGGAGAGCGUCCGGUUCACAUUAGACAGUCUGAUCAAAAUGCCGGAAGCCUAAAGGAAGAGCACGCAAGAAUUCUUCCACAGUUGGAAGAGAUGAAAAAGCAGAAGGUUGAGCGUAGAAAUCAAUUUAUAGAAGUACAAGAGCAGAUUCAAAGCCUCUCAAUUGAGAUUUUUGGCCCCAAAGAUAUUCCUUCCAUUGUAGAUGAAACUGAUUUGUCUACGAGAAAACUUGAAGAAUUGCACAGGCAACUAAAUGCACUUCAAAGUGAAAAGAGUUGUCGCUUAAAGACGGUUCAGGAGCACCUGUGUACUUUAGAGUCUCUUUGUUUAGUGCUUGGUUUUGACUUUAAGCAGACAGUCCUUGGAAUUCAUCCCAGUUUAGGAGAAUUAGAAGGACCGAAGAGUGUAAGUAAUGAUACCAUCCAGCAAUUGGCUGUUGCAAUACAACAACUACGGGAAAUUAAACUACAGAGGAUGCAGAAGCUCCAAGAUCUUGCAACAACAAUGUUGGAGCUCUGGAACCUGAUGGAUACACCUAUUGAAGAGCAACAGAAUUUUCAGAAUGUUACUUGUAAUAUAGCUGCUUCAGAACAUGAAAUAACUGAACCAAACACCUUAUCUGCAGAUUUCAUCAAUUGUGUGGAGGUUGAAGUAUCUAGGUUAGAAGAAUUAAAAUCCAGCAAAAUGAAGGAGCUUGUACUAAAGAAGAGAACCGAGCUGGAGGAGAUUUGUCGAAAGACUCAUUUGAUUCCAGAAAUAGAUGGUGCAGUCGAAUAUGCUGUUGAAGCUAUAGAAUCAGGAUCCGUGGACCCUGGUUGUGUGCUUGAACAAUUUGAGCGUCGGGUUGCCCAAGUUAAAGAGGAAGCUCUGGGUCGAAAAGAAAUACUUGAAAAGGUUGAGAAGUGGUUAGCAGCAUGUGAUGAAGAGGCUUGGCUUGAGGAAUACAACAGGGAUGAUAAUCGAUAUAAUGCUGGAAGAGGCGCUCAUCUCACUCUGAAGCGAGCUGAGAAAGCUCGUGGCUUGGUGAACAAAAUUCCAGCAAUGGUUGAUGUGCUGACUUCAAAAACUAUGUCAUGGGAAGCGGAAAGAGGUGUACAGUUCGCAUAUGACGGUAUUCGCUUACUCUCGAUGCUUGAAGAGUACAACAUAUUACGGGAAGAGAAAGAGCAAGAACGCCGCAGGCAGCGGGACAUGAAGAAGCUUCAGGGACAAAUGAUAGCGGAACAGGAGGCACUAUAUGGGUCUAAGCCAAGCCCUUCCAAGCCCCAGAGUGUAAAGAAAGGAUCUAGGAUGUCAACAGGAGGUGCAGCUAGUAGAAGAGUUUCUCUUGGAGGAGCAAUGCUUCAGACUCCAAAACCUGAUCCAAAAGCUACUAAUUCACGUGCCAUGAGAAAGACUGACAAAGUGCAUCAAAUUGAGCAACUAAGUUACCUAGAAGAUGGUAUUUCAUGUUUAUCAUCAGCUCGAAGAGGACUGGAUAUUGCUGGCAUUCCUGUUAAAAAAUAUUCAUUUGGUGCUGCUAGUGCUAAUGGCACGGAAUCCCCUAUAACAAGACAACCUAGUGUUCAUGGCAUGGAAUCCCCUCUAACAAGGCAACCUUUUUCUCCCAUCUCAUCUAGUGUGUCAUCAAAAGCAAAUGUGGUAAAUGCUGCAAAUGAACAUAGUACACAGAGUGAGAAGUUGCAGAAAAUAAUGCCACUCAACAAUGUGCCCUUCACUAGUCCCUGCAAGGCAAUGACUGUGGUUGAUAAUGAGAAUAGAACUCCAAAGACAAUGCCUAUUCCUAUCCCUGCAACACCUUCAACAGUAUCAGUUCCUAUGAAUAUGGCCUUGACUCCAGCUCCUUCAUCAGUUUUGAUGAAUGCAGCCAUGACUCCAGUUCCCUCGGAUCCUUUGGGAUGUGACAUGACUCCAGUCCAAGAGAUUGAGUAUUCUUUCGAGGAAAGAAGACUCGCUUAUUAUAUGUUAGCAUGA